CUUUGAAUUCGCGCCAAAAGAUAUAAACAGCGCGGCAAGCUGAUGAAUUGACCUAUUUUCUUUAGAAUAUUUGCUGACAAAAUAAAAAAUAAUUUUUGACGACAGCGACUACGCGACACCAAUAACUACUAUGGUUAAUAAAGAGAAUGUGUUUGACCAGCAGGUGAAGUGGAUUGGUAGCGGUAGCAACGAGCCAAAGCAAACUGUUAAAAAUUUGGAGCACAAAAACGUGUAUUUUUAUGAGAAGUGCAUUUACGGACCUUUAACCUUGACUGUGGGCGAUUAUAUAUUGGUGUCCAAUGCAGAUGCUGCUGAGCCGGAUACAGUGGAUGGCUGUGAUAUAGCCAGAAUACAAUAUCUCUACGAAUUGCGGGAAUUGACCGAUCGUCAGUCUUGUCGAGCUAUAGUUCAGUGGUAUUCUCGGCCUCAGGCUAUACCCCACAAGGAAUUCGAUGCGGAUGACAUAGCCAUUGAUUUCGCUACAGAAGUAAUUGAAGAGCAUCGUCCCUAUGAUAACGACGUGGCAUUGGGAGCCAUCUAUCGCAAGUGCAUAGUCCUGGAAGGAUCAUCGCAACACAGUGCAGAGGAAAUUAUUAAGAAAUAUCUUAAGCAUAGGGCUGCGCCCAGUUGUCCAAUGUUUGUGACUCGUUAUAAGUUUAUCAAGGAAAAGAAAUACUAUCGUCUUGUCCCAUUGGAAAUCCACCUGGAUGAAGGAGCCAAGAGUCAAGACGCUGGUGGGCCACGUCGUCCACGGCGUGCUUCAGUGGCCGCUGCAGCAGCCAUUUCCCUGGAGUUCGUGGAUUGCGAGAAUAAAGUGUCGCCCAUUAAGAUUGUGGGUGGACGCAGUGUGGUCCGUUUGUCGGAGAAGAAAUCCAAGCUAGGUGCUACUUCCGAGAUUAACGCAAAUUAUUUGAUGGCCUCCCCUUUGACUGAGAAGAAUUCUAAAGUAGAGACUACACCCAAAUCCCGAGCAUCUGCUGCACGGCGUAACCUAAAUCUAAGUUUAAAUUCUACCAAUGACUCGGACUGUGUCAAUUAUUCCAUAGUACAGCAAACUCCCGAUCCCAAAACGCCAAACAAUGACAUGAAAAUAAAAUUGAGAAUCUCAGAGAGACGAAGAUCAGUGCGUUUGGCUUCCCUAGAUGGACUAGAUGUUCAAGAUCCUCUGGCUCUUGAGCCGGAAGUGCAGCAACCGGUGCAACGCAAACGUUUGGGUGUUUCCCAAGGUGAUAUCUAUCACACGCCCACCAAAAAGCCCAAAGAGACUGUCAAUCCUGCUGCCGCCGGCGAUCUGACACCAUCAACGCGCCGCAAGAGUAUUCUAAAAUCAGCCACCAGCCGUUUGGCUGAGGGCACACCAAGACGCAGUAUACAAUUAUCGAAUAUUGUGGAGCAGCGAGUCUUUCAAGAUGAUGAGAUUAUAUCGACACCCAAACGGGCACGUUCGAAGAAAACAACUACCGCAGAGGAAGACAAGGAGUACACACCAAAGAAGACACCAACACGUUCAAGACGACUAAGCACGGCAUCUGCUGCGGCUCCUGCAACACCAACACCAUUGACACCAUCACAGAAAUUAAAGAAAAUACGCGCUGGUGAGAUUAGUCCCACUAUGGAGCAGCGAAAGACUGAUACGGCUAAUCCAGAUAAGGGCCGGAAAUCCCAAUUGCAAUUGGCUCGAGAGCAACUCCAUGUCUCCGUAGUGCCGCAAAGUUUACCCUGCCGUGAGAAGGAAUUCGAUAACAUCUACAAUUUCCUUGAGGGCAAAAUUCAAGAUCAAUGCGGCGGAUGUAUGUACGUUUCCGGUGUGCCAGGCACGGGUAAAACGGCCACAGUAUCCGGAGUGAUUCGCACACUUCAGGGAAUGACAAGGCAACGUAAAUUGCCAGAGUUUGAGUUCCUGGAGAUCAAUGGAAUGCGACUAACUGAACCCCGUCAGGCCUAUGUGCAGAUCUAUAAACAAUUGACAGGCAAAACCGUAUCCUGGGAGCAAGCCCAUACUCUGCUUGAGAAGCGUUUCACUACUCCGGCACCGAGGCGUAUCACCACCGUGUUAUUGGUCGAUGAACUUGACAUUUUGUGCAAUCGGCGGCAAGAUGUGGUUUACAAUUUGCUUGAUUGGCCAACUAAAUCUGCUGCCCGUCUUGUGGUGAUCACUAUAGCCAACACCAUGGAUCUACCAGAACGCCUGCUAAUGGGCAAGGUGACUUCACGAUUGGGUCUCACUCGGCUCACCUUUCAACCGUAUACGCACAAGCAAUUACAGGAGAUUGUCUCCGCCCGCCUGGGUCUGGCCGGAUCAGAAGCUUUCAAGGGGGAGGCUGUCCAAUUGGUAGCCCGCAAAGUGGCCGCUGUAUCGGGUGAUGCACGUCGUGCUCUGGACAUUUGUCGGCGUGCCACAGAAAUUGCUAAAGAUUGUGUCACAAUGUUGCAUGUCCAACAGGCUCUGGCCGAGAUGAUAGCCAGUGCCAAGGUGCAGGCCAUCAAGAAUUGUUCACGACUCGAGCAGAUUUUCCUCCAAGCAGUGGCCGCUGAGGUUACGCGCACUGGCGUUGAGGAGACCACAUUUAUGGGUGUCUAUCAGCAGUUGGAAACAAUUGCCGCCAUAAUGGGCGUGUCAACACUCCCACCACCUGGACGUGCUUUGCGUCUGUGCUCCAAAUUGGGAGCCGAACGUUUACUCAUUAGCGAGCCAUCGCGUCAUGAUCUCUAUCAGAAGAUUCUGUUGAAUGUUAGCACCGAUGAUAUACACUACGCCCUAAGAGUGGAGCAACCAAUGACAACGACUGUCUGCUAAACUGACCACCACUCAACAAAUCGUCGAGAUUUUUAGUUCUUAAGCUUUUGUUAUUUAUUACGCUCAGAUGAAAGAAAACAAUAGAGGCAAUCCGAAAACCCACACAUCAGCUUAGAUUAUGUAGAAUUUCUGGUUCUUUGGUUUAAUUUGUUGAAAUAAGCAUACAUAUACAUAUAUAUAUAUUUGUUUUAACUGUAAUUUUUAAACAAUUUUAAGUACAAACUCGUCAUUAAAAAUACUAUGUAAAAGACAA